AUGGUUAAAGACCAAAGUAUUAUAGGUCAUGAGGUGGUAAAUCAGGAUGUUGAUAAUUAUGAUAAAAAGGAGAAAGUUAGCAAUGAUAAAAGAAUAAAUGAUAUGAUGCCAAAUUUUGGAUAUGGUGUCAAUCAACAAAAAACCGGUGCUAGAGCUAAUAUUAGAUUGGAUCAUAAAUUAAUAAGAGAGUGGGUCAAGUAUUUACCAGAAGUUAUCGAUUACCUAAAUAAUUAUCCAACACGUCUUAUUAGAGCUCCUGGAUCCUCGAAGUGGGGGUUGGCACCAAUAAAAGCCAUCAAAUUAGAAAAGGUUGAAUCUCGGCCAUCCACAAAAUAUAAACGUCCUGUUGGGAAAAAUGAGGAGAAUAAGUUAAAGAAGGGUGAUACAGUUCGUUACCUGCUUGCUAAUGCGGAGUGGGAAGGAGGUAUGGAAAACCAGAAAAGAGCCACGGAUCCCACAUUCAGUCCAAGCAUUCAUAAAAUUCGAAAAAUUGUAGUAACGAAAAAUGAACCAGUUUUAUAUUAUCUCGGAGAUGAUGACGAUGAAUAUGCUCCAAAGCGUGGAUUUGUGAGAGAGGAACUCUUAUAUGUGAAUAUCGAUACGCUUCAGUAUCCACCCCAGAGUAUAUUGGAAGAAAACACUCGUUCCAGAUCUAUUAAUUUCGUUCAUCGAACCUUAAUCAAGAUUGCUUGCGAAACCUCCGGAUUGAAAUGUCUCAUUCUUAACGGCUGUAAUGGUUUUUCUUAUGAAUCAACUGCAGAUUCUUUGAAAAUGUGGCCUAAUCUAAAACAUUUAGAAUUUGAUUUUAACAACACUAAAAAGGGGGUCUCUGGUAAAUUUAUAUAUAUUGAUGACAGAAUACUUUGUGGAAUUGCAAUCCGAAAUCUGGAAUAUCUAAGUCUCGGUUCUUCUAAACUCUCUGAUAAAUCUUUAAGCAAAAUCGCCGAUUCGUGUCCAAACUUAAACUAUCUCAGUCUGGGACACAAUAAACAUAUCACCGAUAUAUCUAUGAUUGAUAUCGCACAUUCCUGUCCCAAAUUACGUUAUCUUAGUUUGUGGUGUUGCAGUAUUACAGAUGAGACAUUAAAAGCAGUAGCGUAUUCCUGUCCUGGACUCCAACAUUUGAGACUAAUGUCUUGUGGAGGUAUUUCCGAUGUGGGGGUUUGUGCGAUCGCUACUUCAUGCCGAAAUAUUAUAGAUUUUUCUUUUGAGAGUUGUGGGGUAAGUGAUAUAUCAGUUAAAAAAAUUGCACAAUCGUGCCCAAGUAUCCGAAGCCUCAAUCUGGAUUGGUGUUAUAUAACCGACGAGUCUAUCUGUGAAAUAGCAAGAUCAUGCCCAAGACUAGAAGUGCUACUUCUUCUAAAUUGCUUUAUUAGUGAUAUAUCAAUUCAUGAAAUUAUUCGAUCAUGUAAGAACCUGCGUAGUCUUGAUCUCAAAAAAUGUUACUCUGUUACUGAUGAGGCAAUCGAUGCUCUUAUGACUAGCAAUCCACGCAUUGAUAUUAGAGAGCCUUAA